AUAAUAAAGAUUACUGUGGUUGUGGUGGUGCUCGUGGUAAUCACUGACAUAAUUAAUGUGGUUGAAGAAGGAGACAUUAUAAAUAGAAUGGAACAUAUCAAAUAGUCUAGUACAUAUUGUUCAAAUUUUGAAAUGUAUAUGAUUGCAAUGAAAGAAGUAAUGAUUAUCCCAAUGUUAACUCAAACUUUCCAUAAACUAAACUCAAAAUACUAAUCACUAAAACCUAAAAGGAAAUAUAAACCCUAACUCAAAUAUCAAAAUAUGCACAUAGUACAUAAUAUGAAGUAGUAUCAAAAUAGAAUAGUAACAAACAAAAUAGCAUAGUUCAUAUUGUUCAAAUUUCAAAAUGUCUAUGAUUACAUGGAAAAAAGUAAUGCUUAUCCCAACGUCAACCCAAACCUCUCAUAAACUAAACCUAAAACACUAAUCAUUAAACCCUAAAAGAAAAUAUAAACCCUAACCCAAAUAUCAAUGGUAUGGAACAAACUGAAUGGUAUGAAAUAGCAAAUAGAAUAGUAUGAUGGAUUUCGUGGCGGUGAUCAUGUCGGAUGUGUGGUGAAGUGGGGGUUACGGAGAAAACACUUGACUGUAGAUUUCAAAAGCGGAGACGACAUAUCUUGCAUAGAUUAUAUGGAUUUGGAGAUGGUUGUGAUGGCUAUAUAAUUGGAGAUGAUCGUAUUGUAAUGGUGACAAAAGAUAAGUGAUGGUAGUUGAUAAUCGAAGAAGAAGGAAAAUAUAUUUUUCUCUUUCAUUAACCGGAGAACAGGGGCAAUAUAGUAUAUAUUGUAAAAAUAAUGGAGGUACUUUAUUUUUUGGUUAGUUACUUAAUUAUUGUUUUUUUUGUGGCUAUACAUCCCUAUUUCCCUUAAUAAUAAGUAGAGAAGGAAUAAAAAAAAGUAUUAUUAUUUUUUAUUUAUUUUUAUUCUUUGGGACAUGUGUCAGUUUCUUAUUAUUGGUUUCCACACAGAGGUUCAUAAUACAUUACAUUGCGUCUGUCCAUUAUUCGAUUCGACUUUUUGUUCCAACAUCAAAAAUAAAAAUAACUGAAAGAAAUUUUAAGCAUCUCGUUUUGUUUUUUUUUUUCCUCUGAAGAAUUUAUAUUAACAAUGGAAGGAUACAUUUGAGAGAUACAAUUUCGUUUAAUUGUUGUCUACUAUUAUAUUUGUUUUUGCUUUUUGGACAUAUUGAUCGAAAAACUCAUCAUCACAAUACUAAAAGCAACAUUUCCUUAAAAUCUAUGUUGUCACGUCACUAAAAAUAAUUUACAGAAGGAAUCUUCUCCUAUAAAUAACAAUUUCGAUUGAACUCAUCACUACGAUAAAAAAAUGUUUGGUUUCAUCCAAGAAUAUUAGCGUGUCCAAAAAAAAUUUUUUGGCAACCUUUGAUGUACUCUUAAAGGCCUAUACAAAAUGUAAUCCUUGAUGUUUUUUUUUUUUUGAUUGAAUAUCAAAUUUAUUGAGCAAUGUAAAGCACAUUUAUAAGAAGUAUGUGAAGCUAUGCUAGGCUAACUAGGACAAAGAAUGAAAAAAUGCAUUGUAAAAGGUUUGCUCUUAAUUAAGUUCAAACCAUCUUCUUAGUGAGGAUAUGCGGUUCCGAACCAGCUUACCAAUCCUGCGUGUGAGUUCAUCCGCUGAGACCCAGCGUGGUCAAUUUAUGGUCAAUUUAUCCACCGUGGUCUUGUUCUCCUUUUUUAUCUCCUAUCAUUUUUUGUUUCUUUUUUUAAGUUACAGACUUAUUAUUAUUUUAAAAUAGGGAAGAGUUUAUAUUUAUACAUUCUAAGUUUAGACUUAAGAGAACUAUUCUUUAGCUUCCUUUCUACUUUAAGAACUUUUGAAAUUUGGAGAGUUUCAAAAGCUAAACAUAUAACACAAGUUUCUUGCUCUAAAUUUUGGCAACUUCUUUUAUUUGAUCAUCUGUUUUUACAUUCUUUCUUUUUCAUUUAUUAUUUGACAGUAUGGUGAUGGAUAGAGAAGAAAGGAGAAGAAGAAUCAUGGAAAGAGGAUCGGAUCGUCUAGCUCUAAUCACAGGCCAGUUACAUAAUGUUGAUCCUUCGUCGCCAUCGUUUUCUUCCUCAUCGUCAACUUCUCACCAACGUACGUACAGCGAAUCUUUCAUGCCACAAACUCAAUCUGAGCAUCGUCAGAUUCAAGAAAGCCCAUCUCUUAAGUAUCAAUUCAAAGAGGAAGUAAAGCCAAGAGAAGAACCAAAACUCUCGACCACUCUUCACAGGCCAAUUAAAAGAGAACCAACAAAAACAGAAGAAGCAAGAUCCGUAGAGACUCAAAGUCAACAACCUAGGAGUUUCUUCAGCUCCAAGAAACUCAAUGCUAGCAUCAUAAGCUCAGAAAGAAGUCGGAGUUUAAGCUCCCUCACAAUAGCUGUAUUUGUGAUUUUACUCCCGCGAUUGAACAUCUUAAGAUCAGGCACUAUCUUAGCUUUGAGACCUCUUUGGUUACUUCUGCUUACAGAUUGUGCUAUAGUAAUGUCUCAUCUCACCAGGGAAACUUCUGGAGGAGGACUGAGUCAUGAAACGGAAGAAGAAGUUAAGAGUAAAGAUGGUAGUAAUGGUGAAAAUUGGUCUGAUGCAGAGAAGCUUCUAGAAAGAGGAGUUGUUUUGUAUCAAGCUCUACGUGGAAUGUUCAUAGAUUGUAGUCUUUAUAUGGUGGUUGUUAUUUGUGGAGCCUUUCUACUUUGAGUUCUUAUUUUCAGUUUUCUUUUGUUUGUUAUUUGAUUAAGAUUAUUUAUAUUUCCUUCUCUUAGUUUAUUGGUAGAUUACUUCUAGUUUAAUUCAUUUGAGUACUUUCCAGAAAUGAUCUAAUUACAAAGGUAUACUGCAUUCUUAUUCGUUAAUAUUUCUUUCCUUAUUUUUUAAUAAUUCUACUAGAAAGUAAGAAUUCCAAAAGAAUAAAAUAGUGUUUUGUUUCAAGUGUUCAAAGUAGGCCAAAAACUUUUAAAAUCAUAUCCAAACAAAGAAAGAAAAAGCUAGCUGCUCUUUUUAACCUUGAGAUAAGGCUUAAAACAUCAUUUCUAAACCACACAAAACUAUAAAAUCUUGAUACUAUAUAUGCCGAGAUAUAACUAAAACCAGCCUAAAAAAUUAUUGAUUUUUUCUAUAAAAUUAAUAUUUACACAUAAUUUAUUUAAAUGCUUAAAUAAUAUUAAUUAUGUCAAUGAUUGAAAUUACGCUGUAAAGUUUUAAAUAUGAACAAAUAAAUAAAAUAGUAAUAUAUUAAUGAUUAUUUCAAACCUCAGAUUUUAGAAACUUAAGUGAAAGUGAAUGUUUUUUUCCAAAAAAGGAACUAAAGUGAAUGUUUAGGGGGUGUCUUUAAAGAGAUUUAAUUUUUAAUACAAUUUUAAAUAAUUUUAUAUAAAUUAGAAAAUUUAAUCUAAUUUUUGUUAGACCAUUCAAAAUUUUCGUCUAAAACCAUACAAGAUAAAAAAAAAAAUAUUUGCUUUUAACUAAGAAAUUCCAUCCAACCAUUCUAAAAUCACUUAAAAAU